AUGGACAGUGUGCUUGCAAGUCUUGGCAGUUUGUCAUUAGGAGAACGAAAGGAAUUCGUGCCAAUCGAGGUCAACAAAGAUCCAUCAAUUGUAAGGGACUUAUUUCGGCAAACUGCCAUGUACCAACGUUGGAAUGAUGUGGAUAUGGAUAAGCCGUAUACCGUAGUUGAAUUAGAGUCAAAUUCCACGUAUUAUAGAAUUCUGGAGAGCAACUUCCUCAGUGGUUUACGAUAUUCAAACAUAAGACAAGUAUACAGGAUUCUAGAGGUACGCAAUCCCUUCCUCUAUGUACAGUACGAACUCAAACUCAAACAAAAAGAGGAACUUUAUGGUACCAUGGCAAAAUAUCAACUCUACCACGGCACGAAACGUUGUAACGUCGAUUCGAUUUGCAAACAAAAUUUUGAUUGGAGAAAGAUUGGUGCAAAUGGUAUGCGUUUCAGCAAAUUUGGCAGGGGAGUGUCCUUUUCCCCAUCUUCGCAAUAUGCUUCCGAUUACCCCAGACGAUGUUCAGAUGCCCCCAGAACUAUGAUGGUAGCCAAGGUUAUGGAAGGUUAUCGAUGUAAUGGUGUGGAGUUCAUGGUGAUUCCCCCAUUACCAGCGGAUACUUCGGUGAAACCCGGUGAUGGAAAUGUGGUUGUCAAAUACUUUGACAAUGAAUUUUAUCCCGAAUAUAUCAUAUAUUAUUAUUAGAUGGUAAUGACAAUAAAAAGUAUACUUAGGUGGUGUUCAAAGAA